AUGACGAUAGAUAAGCGUGACUUCGACGCAAACCGCCCACUACUCCAAGAUGUCGACGCAGGGCAUGAUACAAAUGAGCGAACCCCGGAAGCGUCCCGGUUAAGGCCUGGAUCACGGCAUUCGCGGAGCUCCGCUGAUGACGGACUCGGGUUACGAACUGAUGAUGGGCUAUUGAGUGAAGUCGUCGAGGAGCUGGUAGAGCGAGAUAGGUUGAGAAUGCAGAAGGAAGUUAUCCGCGUACUUAGCUUUGGCUGGGGGGUUAUAACUUGCUUAGGAGCUGGCAGUAUCACCGCGUUCUCAUUAUAUGGCCAUCUACUCCUUACCCGACUUCAUUAUUCGCAGCUCCAGGUCAAUGCCGUUUCCAUCGCUGCGGAGAUCGCAAUGUACCUCCCCGUACCCUUAUUCGGCUACUUAUGUGACCGAUACAGCCCUUCGCCGCUGUCCUUGUUCUCGGGGCUGGUAUUCGGAAUCGGGUAUCUCCUCGCUGCAUUCGCAUAUCAGAGCGGUCCGCCUGUCGAUGUAGGCGGAUCUGGAUGGCCAUUCUGGGUGAUGAUUGUGGCGUUUAUCGCUAUUGGCAUGGGUACCAGCUGCAUGUAUCUGGCGGCUGUCGCAACAUGUGCCAAGAACUUUGGCAGGGGGAAGCACAAGGGGAUCAUGCUUGCUGUUCCAAUUGCGGCAUUCGGCCUCAGUGGCAUGUGGCAGAGCCAGAUCGGGAUGUACCUGUUCUGCGAACAUCUCGAGGAUGGAAGUCAUGGUGACCUCGACGUUUUCAGGUACUUUGUGUUUUUGGCGGUGCUGCUGCUGGUCAUUGGCGUUGUCGGUACCUUUGCAUUGCGCAUCGUGGAAGAAGAUGACAAGUACAUCGAUGAGACGGUCGAAGAGCUGGAGCGCAGUGGAUUACUCGAGGAGAGUGAUUUCUUCCGGCCACGUAAUGAAAUCAGACAAGCGGUUGAGUAUGGCACAUUCCCUGGGGUUCACGACGAGGAACAAGCCGAGCUAUCCGACGAAGAGCGCGAGCAACAAAGACUCGAAAAGGAACGCGAGGAAGAAGAGCGCCGGAAGAAGAACUGGCUGCUCAACUAUGAAACCCGUAUCUUCCUACAAGACCACACCAUGUGGUGGCUAGCCGCCGGCUCCCUCUCCGACUACUUCGCACCUCCAGCAACACACCUCUUCGCCACAAUCCCCAGAACCCCGACGCCGCCCUCCUCAACCCUCACCCUCUCCCGCAUGACCUUCCUCAUCCCCUCCGCCAUCCUCUUAUCACUAGGCUACCUCCUCCUCGCCUCCCCGCUCCCCCUAUCUCACCCAUCCCUCUUCAACCUAACAACAGCCCUAAUAGGCUUCGGCUACGGCGGCGCCUUCUCGCUAGCGCCCAUCAUCAUCUCCGUCGUCUGGGGCGUUGAGAACUUCGCCACGAACUGGGGUAUUGUGGCUAUGAUGCCUGCUGCGGGUGCCGCGCUUUGGGGUGUCGUUUACUCGGCUGCGUAUCAGCACGCUGUGGAUGUGGAUUUGGAUCGCGGGAAUGGCUUGCCGGAUGGGCAGUGCCACGGGUGGAGGUGCUAUGGGUUUUGGGCUGUUGGGUGUACGGUCAGUGUUUGGGUUGCUUGUUUGGCUUGGGUGCUUGCUUGGAGGGGGUGGAGGAAGAGGGGGGUUGUUGUUUAG